GGAGUUGUUUUGCGCAAUUAUUAGUAUAAAACAGCGACUCUGCCCGAGAUUUUCGACAUAUAUCAAAACAGUUUAAAUUUCGCGAUUUUCCGGAUAACUAUAAACCUCCAGUAAUAUUUAAAAUUCGUAAAAUUAGAAUUACAGUGACGUAAUAAAAUUAAAAAAAAGGAUUAACAAACCCUUUGCUUUUUGGUAUUGCUGUAAUGUCAUGGAUAAUAAAAGCAAAACGAAGAAGACUUUGACAUUUGAUUCCGUCCGCCGUUUUCAGGUUAUAAAAAUGUUGAUCCACGUAAACAUUUAAAAAAAAAUUAUUUGAACGCUUGAAAAUGGUACUAAAACGCGUAAAAGGUUACCAAGGCAUAGAUGGCAAUACAUCGUCUUCUGGCGCCAAUACAAAAAAUGAGUUAGUCGAUCCAGACACAACUGCUCCUCAAGAAAUUGAAAUGGCAUCUGUUUCGGUGGUUCCUGACGACACCUAUACUGUGACGCAAGCUGUGAAUGCUCUAGGAUUCGGGUGGUUUCAAGUUAAACUCUCCCUAUGGACAGGUCUGUGCUGGAUGGCCGAUAGCAUGGAAAUGACUAUUUUAUCAAUAUUGUCGCCUGCACUGCAUUGUAGCUGGCACAUAUCAAGGUACCAACAAGCACUCACCACCACAGUCGUCUUCCUUGGAAUGAUGCUGUCUUCAACAUUUUGGGGAAAUUUGAGCGAUAGAUAUGGCCGUAAACAUGCUCUUAGCCUGUGCGCACUCCUGUUAUUUUAUUAUGGGCUUCUUAGUUCUGUAGCACCCAGUUUUAUGUGGAUGCUGCUAUUACGUGGAUUAGUAGGCUUCGCAAUAGGGUGCACACCUCAAUCUGUUACUUUGUACGCAGAGUUUUUACCUACAAAACAAAGAGCAAAAUGUGUUGUCUUGCUUGAUUGUUUUUGGGCAUUGGGUGCAUGUUUUGAAGUAGCUUUAGCGCUCGUUGUCAUGCCUACCUUAGGUUGGCAAUGGCUGUUGGCAUUGUCGACUGGUCCGUUACUUGCUUUUGCAUUGAUUUGCCCAUGGUUGCCCGAAUCCGCAAGAUUCCACGUCGCUAGCGGCCAAACAGAUAAAGCUUUGGAAACAUUGGAAAAAAUUGCCAAAGACAAUGGCAAGCCCAUGCUACUCGGAAGACUGGUUGUAGACGAUGCGAUGAUGUCGUCUCCACAUAGAGGUCGUUUCAAGGAUUUAUUGGUUCCUUCCUUGAGGUUAACUUCAUUUCUCUUAUGGUUUAUAUGGUGUUCCUGCGCCUUUUGUUAUUACGGUCUGGUCUUGAUGACUACGGAGUUAUUUGAAACUUCAACUCUGAUUUGUUCAGAGCAUCCCAUUCCGAUUCAGUCUUUAGAUACCUGCUCCGCGGAUUGCCGACAAUUACAAACCACCGAUUACAUAGAUCUGCUCUGGACGACCCUGGCGGAGUUCCCGGGGAUAUUUAUUACCAUUUUCAUAAUAGAAAAGUUCGGUAGGAAGAAAACGAUGGCCUCUCAGUUUGUUAUUUACGCGAUAUGUUGUUGCUUCUUGGUGGUGUGUUCCGGAAAGCGCCCAUUGCUGACCGUAAUGCUGUUUCUUGCCCGUGGAAUAAUAGCAGGGGUAUUCCAGGCUGCUUACGUGUACACCCCCGAGGUCUAUCCGACUUCCUUGAGGUCUAUAGGGGUGGGCUCAUGUAGUGCUAUGGCUAGGUUAGGUGCUAUGUUCACCCCUUAUGUGGCACAGGUUCUUUUAAAAUCAUCGGUCACUUUAGCGACGUCAUUAUAUGCUUUAGCGGCGCUUCUGGCUGCUAUAGCAUGCAUAUUGUUACCCAUUGAAACGUCCGGUAAAGAACUACCGGAAAACGUUCAACGGCAUGAACCAGAAACGAGAAAAUAAAAAGUAACGGUUGUAAAAUAGCUUAAGGAAUAGUUUUCUAUUUUUCUUACUCAUGUCUAAUUUAUUUCUAUUUAUUCUCUGUUAUAAGUUACCAAACGUCACACCAACAUAUUCGAGACUGAUGUACGAAAUAGUAAAAUUCACUGAAAACAAGUAGUUAUUUCUUAAAGAAAAGAUUGUACUUAGUUCUAAAAUGGCACUUUCCAUUGUCACAAAAAAGUAAUCAGGGUAUAAAUUUUAAGAUAAAAAGAAGCAAAUAGCGACAGAACAGAAAUUGAAAAAUAAUAAAUGCUCUAUUGUUAUGUGCAAAGAAAUCUAAAAUAGGUUAUUAGUAAUUUAUUUAAUUAUUUUUAUUGCACUGCUUAAAUUUAUUGCUUUUUUAUUACCUUUUAAUGACACAAUCUAUACCAAAGUACGAAGCAUAAUCCUAAUUUAUUUUUUAAAAGACUUCUUGUGAUAACUGGUGCUGGUUUAAUAAAGAUUAUUUAUACCA